UGCGUGCGUGCGUGUGUAUCUUGUGUACGUGUGUGUAUAUGUGUGUUUGUGUUAGUGGCCUGUCAUCCAGACUCAGCCUCGUGCAGCGAUGAUCGCAGAAUAACGGGAUUCUCCUGCUGGACAUCGUCUCUCUGAGAUAAUCCUGAAACAUGGACGGAGGACAUUUUGGCUACUCCCGCGACUACCUGGACCGCUUCAUCCAGAGCCAGGACUCGUCUGUGGUGAACAAGUUCCAGCAGAGGUACUGGAAAACCAAGCAGACGCUCAUCAAGGUCACCGGCAAGAAGGAGGACGAGCAUGUGGUGGCAUCGGACGCCGAUCUGGACGGCAAGCUGGAGGUCUUCCACUCCAUCCAGAGGACGUGCAUGGAGCUGCUGAAGGUCAUCGAGCAGUACCAGAGGAGGAUCUGCUUUCUUUCCCAGGAAGAGAACGAGCUGGGUCGCUUCCUGCGCUCCCAGGGCUCCCAGGAUAAAACCAGGGCUGGAAAGAUCAUGCAGGCCACAGGGAAAGCCCUGUGCUUCUCCUCCCAGCAGAGAGUGGCUCUGAGGAACCCUCUGUGCCGGCUCUACCAGGAGGUGGAGACCUUCCGCUACCGAGCCAUCUCAGACACGUGGCUGACGGUGAAUCGCAUGGAGCAGUCGAGGACCGAGUACCGCGGGGCGCUGCUGUGGAUGAAGGACGUGUCCCAGGAGCUGGACCCGGACACGCACAAGCAGAUGGAGAAGUUCCGCAAGGUCCAGGCCCAGGUGCGAUCCACCAAAAGCGGCUUUGACAAGCUGAAGAACGACGUGUGUCAGAAGGUGGACCUGCUGGGAGCCAGCCGCUGCAACCUGCUGUCCCACGUCCUGACCACGUACCAGACGACACUCCUGCACUUCUGGGAGAAGACGUCCCGCACCAUGGCAGCCAUUCACGAGAGCUUCAAGGGCAGUCAGCAUUAUGAGUUCUCCACACUGAAGACUUUAAAAGACCCCAAGGACAAGCUGGUGAGAAAGAAAGGGAAGAAGAAGAGUAAAGUGGAGACAGAGGACGGAAAGAAAACCGAGAGGACAGACGAGCAACUCAUCUCACUAGAGAGUGAAAACACCAGCGACAAGACGGAGGAAGGAAACGAGUGUCCUCUCUCAUCGUGUCCAGAGCUGGACGGGGAGGAGGACAGCCUGGCCCUUCUCAAAGAGAUCCUGGGCGGUCUGUCUGUGGACGAGGGGGACUUCUCCCGGGAGUGGACCGAGGUGUUCGGGGACAGCGAGGACGGGACGAGCGCAGCGGCCGCCGGGCGACCAGCAGACGCCCGGCAAGAGGAAGACGACUUCUUUCUACCGUCUCAUCUGCUCGACCAGAGCUUGAACAAUCUGCACUCGCCCCUCUCAGAUUGGGCCGGCGGCGCUCCUCAGGCCGUCGCCCAGACACCGGAGCCCUCGUCUGGGACCAGUCAGAACGCUGCCAGGCCUGCGGUGAAAGAGAAAGCAGCGGCGUCCAAAGACCUCUCUGCGUGGUUCAACCUGUUCGCCGACUUGGACCCGCUCUCCAAUCCUGAUGCUGUCGGCAAAACUGACUCGGCGCACGAACUUCACACCGCAUAGUUCUCUCCAGGGCCGGGUCUAGGCAGGGGCAAGAGGGGGCCUGGCCCCCUCAAAUAAAUGUUGUGCCCCCUCAAACUAAAUAGGGUUAGGGUUAGGGUUAGGCACAAUGCCCCCUCAAGAUUUGUGGCUGCCCCCUCAUACAUGCCUGUCUAGACCCGGCCCUGGUUCUCUCUCUUCUCCAAUGGGAACAUUUACUAGUGGGAACAGCAGCAUACUGCUUCCACUGUGGCCAGAGAACUGUCUGCUAUAAGCCAAUUUAUUAAUCAGCAACUAUGACACAAUAAUAUAAAUGAUUUCAGUCGCACUUCCAGUAUAAAUUGUGUCCACGGAUUCUCCUGUUUUCUUUGAUUUGACUCGUUUGCAAAAAAAAAAAUUC